UCAUCAGCAGCCGACCAAACAGAGCUGUGGCGCGCGUUUAAAGAAACAUUCAAAAACUUUGAUCAACCUUCGUGACGGACGGUUGUGGAUAAAUGUGAACAUGAAGUAUUGAGGCGUGAAGGUGUGUGACCGUGUGUGUGUCGCUGCUGCCAUGACACAGUCAAUUGUUGUCCAGGUUGGACAGUGCGGGAACCAGGUUGGCUGCAGGUUUUGGGAUCUAGCUCUGCGAGAACAUGCUAACGUCAACAAGAUGGGAGAAUACGAUGAGGCUCUCGGUAGCUUUUUCCGGAAUGUGGACUCAAGAAAUAGAGCCUGUGGUGUCGGCGGGAGAAUCCAACAUCUUAAGGCUAGAGCGGUGCUGGUGGACAUGGAGGAGGGUGUGGUCAAUGAGAUCCUGCAAGGCCCACUAGGAGAAGUGUUCGACAGCACUCAGCUACUCACAGACGUGUCAGGUUCGGGCAACAACUGGGCGGUUGGACACAUGACAUACGGCUCAUGCUACAGGGAGCAGAUAGUGGAUACACUGCGAAAGGCAGCAGAGCACUGUGACUGUCUGCAGUGCUUUUUUCUCAUCCACUCCAUGGGAGGAGGUACUGGUUCGGGCUUGGGGACCAGAGUGCUGAGCCUGCUGGAAGAGGAAUUCCCAGAGGUGUGUCGAAUUGUUACCUCAGUCUAUCCAUCUGCUGAGGAUGACGUCAUCACCUCCCCUUACAACAGUGUCCUGGCCAUGAAAGAGCUGACAGAGCACGCUGACUGUGUCAUUCCAGUGGAAAACCAGUCAUUGGUUGACAUUGUGAGUAAGAUUAAACACAUGUCUGACGGUGGAAUGCCGGGGCGGGUGAUCAAGAGAGACAGCACCAUCAUCUCUGGAGAGGGCGGCCUCAGCGGAGCAGAGAAGCCUUUCGAUGCCAUGAAUAACAUUGUGGCUAACCUGUUGCUCAAUAUUACCAGCUCAGCCCGUUUUGAGGGUUCUCUCAACAUGGACCUGAACGAGAUUGCCAUGAACCUGGUGCCUUUCCCUCGUUUACACUACCUGGUGCCGAGCCUCACCCCUCUGUACACGCUGGCUGACGUCAGUAUCCCCACCAGAAGACUGGAUCAAAUGUUUAGCGACGCCUUCAGUAAAGACCACCAGCUAUUCCGAUGUGAUCCGAAGAACAGCCUGUACCUGGCCUGCGCCCUCAUGGUCAGGGGGAACGUGCAGGUGUCGGACCUCCGCAGGAACAUUGAGAGAUUGAGGCCAUCGCUCCCCUUUGUCUCAUGGAACCAAGAAGGCUGGAAGACGGGCCUGUGUUCAGUGCCUCCUGUGGGUCACUCUCACGCCCUGUUAGCAUUGGCCAACAACACAUGUGUGAAGUCUAGAUUCAUGGAGCUGAGAGAGAGUUUUACCAAGCUCUACAGGAAGAAGGCUCACUUACAUCACUACCUGAAUGUAGAGGGGAUGGAGCAGAGAAGCUUCUCAGAGGCCCUCAACUCUCUCAGCUCCCUGAUUGAAGAGUACGAUCAUCUUGAUGCCACCAAGGGGAAACUCAUGCGUGACGCAGCCAGGCUCAGCAUUGCCAGAUGAAGGUCCACUCCGUUGCUAACCAAUUUAAUGUUUGUUUGUUUGUGUUUUUGUUUCAAAAAUGAUUUCACAUGAACAAAUUGUUUAUAUACACCUUUAUAAGUUAGAAAUCAAAAUUGUCAAACUCAUGACAAGAUUCAAAAAUAAACAGUCACAUUAGUAAGAGUUAAACUCUGAUUUGCCAUUGCGGUCUCCCUGACCAUUGUAUAAUGAGGUACUAUUAUGAGUCAAAUCUGCUGUUACAGCUACUCCACUGGCCAUAGCCCAUGUCGUUAUUGCACGUACUUGUCCUGAAGACAUGGUUUAGUAAAACGUUUUAUCAUAGCCAACAGCAUUUUUCAAGAUUUUCCAUGCAUUUCAUGAUCCCAGCCAUCCUUCAUUAUGAAAUGAGGUUUUGUAGUUUAUAUUUUUGUCUUUGGUCUCGGGUCCAUCACCACUGCUGAGGAGAACUUAAUAACCAAAGAAUGAAAUAUUAUUCUGUCCUUCAGAUCACCACAGCAGGGCUCAGAGCCUGUGUCUGGCUCCACUAGAGUAACCGCAGCUCAGAAAACAUGUCAUCUGGAUUGUUGCACUUCCUCUGGCACACGCAGGAUGUUAUCCACUGCAUCUUCCACUGUGUGCUGGAGCCUCCUUUGCAAGUGAAGUUGACUUUGAUCAUGAGGGACUUGUUUGGUACACAGCAGCGUUUGUCUGUACAGACGCCGCAGUAUGUGGGCUUAAACUUUUUGGUACUAGUACAGCCAGAGAGUGUUAGUUUCUCAGCUUUCUUUGCCUGGAAUUUCGGCCGGCAUGUCUUUCCCUUUGGCAUCUAAAGUUGAAAACAGUGGUUAGUACCUUUUUAUAAUAGUUUAUACAACAUAAUUAAAAUAUUUGAAAAGAAUUUGGUUUUAACCUUAAUGCUCCGAAUAACACUCCUGUCACAUGGUCGCAGCAGGCACAGGCGACGGUCCUUCCUCAUCUCACAUUUGCUGUUGUCGUUGUUCACGCGGACAGAGAUUCCCAGGCCACAGGUCUUGGAGCACGGACUCCAGGGGGUGGUCUGGACCAGGCAGUUCCUCUUCCAGGCUAAAGGAGGAUCCCUGUAAGCUUUCAGUAUUACAAUUAAAGGGCAUUGUGUCAACAACACCCUACACAAACAUUUAACCUUUUUAUUACCAAACCGCCGAGCAAAGCACAGGUCAGGACCACCAAACAUCAAAUAUCUGUCGUGAGCCACCAGAAGGGUCAAUAUACGCUACUAAACCUACAACUGUUUUCCUCUGAGCUGCAGGUUUAACAGUGAAAGCUCAUAUUGCAGCACCCAAUUCUUUGUUAACCUCAAAGAAACCCCUAAGCCAAAAUUACCUUUUCAAAUACUUUCCCGCCUAGUCUGGAUGUCAGCUCUUGUAUUUUAAGUCAUAUUGACAUGCUUUGUUUUCUCAAGGUGACAUAUUAAUGUUUUCUAAUAUCAGAAUUUCAUGUUAAUCAAAGAAAAUAAAUAACAUUGUGCAUCAGAGUCAGAUAUUUACUCUUAAUAAGCAAUUCUUUCCUCCUGCUCUUUAUAGCAGGAACCAUCCAUCUUCCUGUUUUCCUUUUGACAAGCGGUCUAACUACAAUCAUUAUUCUGUUCACGCCACCAGAGUAAUCAAGUCAACUCUUAACAGCAAUUAGCAUUCCACACCAGCUAUCUUCCUCCACUUGGUUUACUGUGUAAACACAUACCUGACAUGUAGCUAGUGUCCUGCUGGUGCUUCUUUGGGCUCUGACGACCGCGGAGGCCAGCUGGCAGGCUGCCCGUCAGUGGGACGGGGCCUAAGAGACCAGCAGGCUUUUGGAUGAAAGCAGGGGUGCAGCCAAUGGCUCCAGCAAUACAUGUGCACUUAUAGAGGGGGCUGGUCUGGAAAGCUUCUCCGUUUUCAUAGUGGGCCCCAUUUAGGUCACAGCCCACGGCCAUCAUGUCUGAAAGAAUGAGGGAAAUCUCAGGGAUCUGCUGAGGCACCAGAUGCAACUGAAUCUUAAAAGCUGAGCAAAAAAUAAGCUUUUUUUUGUGAUUGUCCAUAAACUGCAGCAUACUUUUCCCAGACAUGGAAAAAUGUCUGUAGUAUAUGGUCACAUUUGUACAAAACGACAUUCAACAGUUUAGCCCCAACAGUCCCCCAAUGAAAUCACCAAAUUUCUCACAUUUAUAAUCUACGAAAAUGACAAAAAUUAAAUCUCCCAAUUUUUUAAGUUAAAAAAAAGUCUUGAUCAGCCCUGUUUGACCUACUGGUACAUCAAAAUGGAAUGGGUUCUUUCUUAGCCCAUGCCCCUUACACCAAGUGCGGUGAAAAUCAAUUCAUUGAGUAUCUUGACACCUCUUGAAUUUUCAAUUAUCAUUUCAAAUUUUGCACUUUGCAGUUGAAACAGGUCUAUCAGAACCUUAAAUUACCCUGAUGGCUGUGUCAGCAGUGUGUGAGUGAUGUGAGAUAGAAAAUUCCCUGUGUAAAGAAGGACUGUGUGAAUGUGUAAGUGAAUGGGGAAUACGACCCUAGGUGUCUACUGCAUUGAGUCCUCAAUAAGAAUUUAAAAAAGCACUACACAGGUGCAGUCCAUUUACAAAGCAGAAAUGGAUACAAAGACAUUCUAAGAUUGUACCUUGUUUCUUCCAAUAAAGUUGCCCACGGAAUUCA